AUGCUAAUCCUAAGGACUAUUUGUCCAGCGACCGCGACAUUAGUCCCGUGUCCGAAUCCCGGCCCGCCGGGACGAUCCGGAUUGCCCAGGAUCACCCGAGAUUGGCUAGCUAUAUCCCGGGUCGCGGUCGUAGCGACGCUGAUGUUGUGUCACGGGUAUGAUUUCUUUGCGAAAAGCCUCCUUGGUACACAAUACAUUGGUAUUAUAGUGUCGUCUCAACUAUGUGAGAAAACGGAUGCUGGCACCUUUUUUGCAUAUACCACAGGGAUAAUUUCAUAA